AUGGAGAGAUGUAGUUGCUUGAGAACUGUGAGCAGCUGUAGAUCAUUACGACUGACUUACUUAGUCCACGUCAGCUCCUAUUUGUGUUCUGGCUUGAAAGCCUCACGAUCCCACCUCCUGGCAUCGACUUCAGUGCUUCUAGCAGCAAUCGCAGCCGUCCAAUUUCUAUAGUAGCUGUUUUCCUCCUUAUCAUCGGCACCCUUCCACCUGCAGCUCGCGAGAGCUCGCCACACUUUCGCGAAAGUUCUCCACUUUUCGCGACAAGUCGUCAUUGUUCGCCACAUUCGCUUGUCUUCGCGACGAUCUCGCCAUGGAUCCGAGCCCCAUUCGCACUCAGGUCCAGCAGCUGAUCUCACGAGCUCUCACCGGCAUUCCCCCCCUCCCCGCAUCUCACGGCACCCCUGUAAAUAAUAAAGACACCGAUUCCAAUCGGGUUCCCUUAAAGCCACUCCCGCAGGCUCUCGCGAACGCGGGAAACCCUAACGCGUGUAAGAUCUGCCACGUGGACAUUCUAGGAGGUCCUAAGUUCCGGAUCUGCCUCUCCUGCGGUGCGCCGUCGCAUCUGUACCCCGCAACUCGGUCGUCCCUGGAUGGGGAUUUAAGUACGGGGAGGUCGAGCAGGCAGAGCGUGGGAAGCGGAGAGAGGACUAGCGAUGCUAGUAGGGGUAGCUCGGACAGCAGCUCUAUUCCGGGGACGAGUGUAUCGGCGACGACAAAUGCGAGUAACGAGAAGAGCUUAUGGCGAAACACGCGGAUCGAACGGCGGUUUCUGAUGUCCCUUGAAUUCAAACCGCAAGACGACAAGCGCCGUCGCUCCUCCUCCACCCAGCCAUACGAGCGCACUCUCGCCGAAACCCUGGCGGGCAUCAACGCGCCUCCCCCAGAUGUCACCUCCGCACGGGGUAGCACCACCGAGCGCACCUCGAAUGUCACCUCUGCACGCGGCAGCACGGGUGAACCUCCCUCAGAUGCCACCUCCACGCGAGGUAGCACCUCUUCCUCUGCAUCUUCUACUGCCGGUGCUGCUGGUGGGGGAGCAGGCGCAGGAGCAACAGCAGCAGGCGCAGGAGUAGCAGCAGCAGGAGGAGGAGCAGCAGGAGCAGGAGGAGCAGGGGGAGCAACCGCAGCAGCAGCAGCAGCAGCAGCGGCAGCGGCAGCAGGUGGAGGCAUUUCGGCCUUUGCACCAGCACCAACAGCAGCAGCAGCAGCAGCAGCAGCAGCAGCACCACCUCCUGCGCCCUCUCAAGCUCCUGAUUUUAUCCCCGACGAUUUCUUCGCCGCCCCUCCUCCUCCCUCCACUUCUGUUCCCCCUGCUCUCUCUGCUGCUGCCUUCCCUGCUCCUGGUGCCCCCCCCACCACUGUAGCCGCCGCUGUCCUUGCGGCCACGUCAGCAUCAGCUGCCUCCACGUCAGCUUUCCCAGCUGCGGUUCCCGCCAUUCCCAGUGCCAAUGCAGCAGCAGCAGCGUCGGCAGCCACCCCAUCGUUCUUUGCUGCCAGCUUUGGGACCUCCUCACCUGCCAAGUCGGGAGGAGGGCAGCAGGCGGGAGGGCAGGCCGUUUCUGCCCCAGAGAGGCACAGCAGCAGUGGUUCUUCUGCUCUGGACUUCUUUUCCCAGCUCAGUGGCAUCACAAGCUCUGUCCUUUCUGGCACCACCACCUCGUCCUCUUCUGCUCAACCCACCGGCCCCACUCACACCAACGAUCCUGCUGCUAACAUGGCUGGCUUUGCGGGCAGUUUCCCUGGGAGUCAGCCGUACUCCUCUCACGACGGGCAGUUCGGGCAGUUCGUAAAACAGGAGCCGGCGAAUCUGGUGGUGCAGGAUAUUUUGCAGUCGCUGCCCGACUUGUCCUUCAUGCUGGCAGAUCACCUGGUUGUGCCUGGAAGGGACCCGGGGGGACUCAGGGAGUUCAACAGCCGGCCAAAGGUUUCUGCUGCUUCUAUAGUUGCAUCGUGCCUGCCCCCUCGAGCAACCGUAGCAACCGCAGCGGCAUCGGCAGGAGCAGCAGGGGCAGCACCAGGAAGAACAGCAGCAGAAGCAGGAGCAGCAGGAGCAGCUGGAGCAGCAGGAGCAGCAGGAGCAGCAGGAGCAGGAGCAGCAGAGGCAGGGCAUGGCACAGGGCUCGUAACACCUUCAGCGGGAGCAAAUGGCCUUUUUGAUUCAGCAGAAGGAAGUGUGAGUGUAGAAUCUACAAACGCAGCAGCUACAAUGGAGGCGGAAGGAAGUGCAAUGCAGGAGCCGACAACAGCUGGACUUAAUUCUUUGGACAAUGUCCCGGCUCCGUUAGUAGGCCAUGGUGCCAAUACGGUUUUUGCUCCUCCUGCUGCUGUUGCUGCUGCUUCGGCUGCUGGAGCUGACCUUGUGGCGGUUCCUGUUGCAGAAAGCUCGGUUUCUUCUGUGGUUGCCGGAAUGUCAAUGGGUGGUUUUAUGGCUGAUGAAGAGGAGGAUGACGACUGGGGCGAUUUUGAGUCGUGAUUGAGAAUGUUGGCUGAACCUGGGCUGAGGGGUGCAGGAGCAUUUUGUGUUCUGCACGGUUUGGUUCAAAUCAGUUGCUUUUGAGUGAUGUUUUUUCUGAUACUUCAGUUACGCUAUGGAUUCUCUUGCAAGUUCAGUUCUCGUAUGGUAUGGACCCCUGAUCUUAAGAACGAUAUA